CCUGUGAAAAACAAAACCAAAACAAUAACAAAGAUCGGGCCCUUUAAAUAUCGUAACAGCUGAUUAACCGAACAACUUCCUAACAAACAUGGCACUACCGAUCAAACUUUUCGAAGGAGCUGCCCAUGCUAGUCUGUACCACAAGUUUCGGCCUUAUGUACCUCAUCAGGUUUUCGAGAGAAUAUUGUGCCAUUUGCAGGAGAAGAAAUCACAGCCCUUCAAGCUUGCUAUUGAUGUCGGGUGUGGGUCGGGUCAAAUGACACGACCUUUGGCCUCGCAUUUUGAAAAGGUCAUCGGAGUUGAUGUGAGUCAGUCGCAGCUGGAAGCGGCGAGGCAGAUUACUAAUUCACCCAACGUAGAUUACAGGAUAGGAGUUGCUGAGAAGCUUCCAGCCGAGGACGGUACUGUUGACCUAGUAACAAGCUCCCAGGCUGUCCACUGGUUUGACUAUGAUGCAUUCUUAAAAGAGGUUCAUCGUGUAUUGCGCCCUCAUGGUUCCUUGGCCAUCAUUGCCCAUGGGAAUCGCGUGCCGCAUACGUGCAAGGAAAACGACCGGUCGAAAGAUGAGAAACUUGAGAAGCUCCACACAGACUUCUACGAGGGAUCAGCUUUAGCGCCAUAUUGGAGUGAACGCCGCAAACACAUCGACAACUUGUAUUCCGACUUCACUAUACCCUACGUAGGGAGUAUACGAGAUGAUACCACCAUUGAAAUGAUUGAAGAGAUGAAUGUGGCUUCAUUUAUCGGGUAUCUACGUUCCUGGUCGGCGUAUCAAUCAUUCUCAGAACAGAAUCCAGAGGCCACGGAUCCCUUGGCUGAGUUUUACGAAAGAUUAAUGGAGAUCCUUGGUGUGGACAAGAAAGAAGAUCAAACGAUGAUUACGUUGAAAGCUCCGAUGGUUUUGCUUCUCGGUAGGAAACCGUCCGAAUAACACAAGAAAAUCAUGACAAGUUUUAUAUUAAUAAUAAACUAGUAUAGUAAAAACAGCAAUGAUAACAUUGAAAGCUCCGAUGGUGUUGCUUCUCGGUAGGAAACCGUUCGAAUAACACAAGUAAAUCAUGACAAGUUUUACAUUAAUAAUAAACUCAUAUAAUAAAAAUAGCAAUUCUAAAGACCGAUCAUUGGUUGUCAUGGCUGAGCAGUCUAGAAGUGGGUUAAGUUCUGUAAUUUACAGAUAGUGUAUGUUUUUUAAUGAGUUUUGUGGGUAUUAAUAUUGAAUUAUUAGUAAAUCAUUCGGCCAAAUUUACCUCAUGUAGUAACUUUUAAGUUAAAAUUUUAAAAAGUAUUUCUUAACAAUAAAGAAGAAAACAAAAAAUUCACAAAUGCAACUCUGGUGAGUGAGUGAUUUCGGCAAAAUUUACUACUUGGUGUAAUUUUUAAAAUUUUAUUUUAAUAAGUAUUUCUUGACAAUUUAAUAAAUACAAAGACAACAAAAUACUUACAAAAAAAAACAACUAAAGCCAAUUCCAAAAUUCUGUACAGAAAACAAUUCCAGUAGUUUAUUAAAUGCAGCCACUUCUUAAAAUCCCCACAUGGUUUGUUGGUUUCAUAAUAACUCAAUCGACAUACGAUGGUUUCACAACAACAGAAAUCAAUUCUUUAUGUACAAAAACGAAAACACACAUACCGAAUGCUUUCCCAUACACAGUACAACAAUCAAUUUUGCAUAAUUUCUUUUUGGGUGCGUUCUAUUAGCCUCCCUGGGUCUACCCCACGGUGCUCACUCGGGUGAGCCCCUGACAAGAGUUAAUCCAACGAUCACUCGCUGCUCUCGUGGUGACAUCAUGCAUCUCGGGCCAGCCCCAAGUGAGACCCGCUCCACAAGCAGGGCACUGGGGGCCGACCUUGGUGAGCCCCUGGAACGACGUCAAAGCUGUUCGAACGCACCGGGGGGGGGGGGGGGGGGGGGGGGGGCAGACCGGGGUCGACCCAGGGAAGCUAAACGAACGCACCCUAUCUGUGGUUAAUACAUGUACAUAAUAAGAGAAUGAGGAAAAUCCAAUCAUUAAAAUAACCACAAAACAAUAUGAAAUCGCACAAUAUGUUUAUAUAGCUUACAUGAUAGUGUAUCAAUAUUGCCUGUGACAGUCUGUAAAUCAAGUUUACUUACAAAAUUCUCUUGGUAUCUAAAACAUUAAAGGCCUAUUUAAAACUGCAUAGUAGGGUUUUGGGGGUAAGCAACUUCGGUAAGUAGGAAUUUGGGGUAAGCAGGUCUGGGAAACAAAAAAUGGACCCUAACUCAUGAUCCUCCUUUGAGACAAAUUGCUUACCAGAUUAAAGUAACCAGCCUAACUUCGUGCACAAACAAUUUGUGACUGGUAGCCUACUCAUUUUGGGUAAGCAUGCAGACGAAUAUUCCGCAAUAUUUUUGAUGAAAUUGUGCCCAGUCAUAAACAUUUGUUAUAGCCCUAAUUAAGGGGGACAUGCGAGAUGGUUUUCAAUAAAACAAUUCAAAAUUGACUGAAACUGGAUAAUUGUCAGCUUUGCACAUGAAUUGUCCAGUGUUCCGAGGCAACAGUUUUUUUAUAAACAUCAUCACAGUUCUCACUAGGGUGUCACUACAAGUUCUAAAAGCUAUAUCAUCAUGGGUGGUUUCUUAUUUUUUCUUAUUUUUUCUUAUUUUUACAAAAUAUUAUAAUAAAUAUAUAAACCUAUUGUGUACAUAAUUGAAUAGAGACAAAACAAUACCUACUUGUACCUAUGGCUGAAAAUUCUAACUUACAGAUAAAACAAACAUUAGAUGACUGUACAAGUCUGGACAUUGGUGCAUUAUUCUUAUAGGUUGUUUAAACACACUGGACACUAUUGGUAAUUACUCAAAAUAAUUAUCAGCAUAAAACCUCAAUUUGGUAAUGGGGAGAAG